AUGUCAGAAACAAAGUCUCUUCACUCUCAUCACAACCUAGAACAUCCUUCCAUAAACAUGGAAAAGCUGUCUAUAUCCUCUCCGGAUCAAGCCACCUCUUCCGAUUCCUCUAAUUCCACAUCUGAGGGGAUGAGUGUAACGGAGAAGUUCAGGAUUGCGAGGAGUGUUGGGGAAGAGUGCAUUCACGAGGAUGAGUUGCUAAACCUUCUGUCGAAGAAACCCGAACCGGUUUGUUACGAUGGGUUCGAACCCUCGGGCAGAAUGCAUAUUGCCCAGGGGAUUAUGAAGAUAAUUAGUGUGAACAAGAUGACUUCUGCUGGUUGCAAAGUAAAGAUUUGGAUUGCAGAUUUGUUUGCAAAGAUGAACAACAAAAUGGGGGGUGACUUAGUGAAAAUUAAGGAUGUUGGAAAUUACAUGAUUGAGGUUUGGAAAGCUGCGGGUAUGAAUCUCCAAGGAGGUAAAGUGGAAUUUAUAUGGUCUUCAGAAGAAAUGUACUCCCGGGCAUAUGAAUACUUGCUUCUUGUAAUCGAGAUUGCAUCAGGGAACAAACUUUCUAGAAUAAAGAGGUGUGCCCCGAUAAUGGGUCGCAAUGAGGCGGAUGAGUUGAUGGGAUCCCAGGUUUUAUACCCAUGCAUGCAGUGUGCUGAUAUAUUUUUCCUUAAGGCUGAUAUCUGUCAAAUGGGCAUGGACCAGCGGAAAGUGAAUGUUCUUGCUAGAGAGUACUGUGAUCUUGAUAAGAGUAAAAACAAGCCUAUCAUAUUGUCUCACCACAUGCUUCCUGGUUUGAAGCAGGGGCAAGAGAAGAUGUCAAAAAGCGAUCCAUCAUCUUCCAUCUUUAUGGAUGACAAGGAGGAACAAGUUAAUCUGAAAAUAAAGAAGGCGUACUGCCCUCCAAUGGUGGUUCAAGGUAACCCCUGUCUGGAGUACAUUGAACACAUUAUCCUCCCAUGGUUUCAUGAAUUCAAAGUUGAACGUAGUGCUGACAAUGGUGGUGAAAAGACUUUCGAGAGUUUCGAAGAAUUAGUUGCAGACUAUGAAAGUGGGAACUUACAUCCUGCUGAUGUGAAAGCUGCUCUAUCAAAAGCACUAAAUAAGAUACUGCAGCCUGUACAUGAUCAUUUCGACAACAAUCCCGAGGCGAGAGAUCUACUGACAAGGGUGCAGGGCUACAAAGUUACAAGAUGAUGCAACCAUAGGCAUGCAUGCACUUUUUUUUUCUAGGAAAAAUGGGUAGGAAGGGGCAACCAACACAUGGCAACUUUCAUUGGGCAUGACCAAAGGAGCCUUUACGUGUUGGGCAUGUUGGCGAACCGGAUAAGAGGGGCCGAGACGGGCCCGGCAAUGUGGGUUGCCACAUUCAGGGGAUCCGACGGAGUGCAUGUAAUUAUUAGAUGGUAAGUGUAGGGUGUUAAUUCAAAGUGAAAUUAAGGGACUAGAGUUGCAUUUCAGUAAAGUUUUUGAAGGGUAUUUGAUUCAAAUAAUAGUUUGUUAGAAUGUUAUAUAUAUAACCGGAUUUAUGCAGUAAGUUCU